CUCUUAUAAAUUGGAGCUCCUAAAGAAAUCAAAUACAUCAGACAAAAGUAAUUGUUCUCGUGCUUGCUGUCUACUUGUUUUUGGAUUUCCUUGCAAAAUUAAAGACUGUACAAGAUGAUUUUGCUUCAUGGAAUCAUUCAUGCAACAAUUUUUGAAGCGUAUACCAAUCUAAGCAAACCCUCUGAAGAUGCUCCGAUUCCCGAUGCGAAGACACCUACUUCAUCCACGAGGAGAUUGGGAAGACGAUUCUCAUGGAUCAAAAGAGUUUCUCUCUGUGACUUCUGCCAGCCAAAGGUACUUGAAGAAACUGAAAGCUUAAUCCUCGGCCAAGACUCACCCAAAGUGUACGCAACAAUCGACAUAGAAAAGGCGAGAGUUGGCCGAACAAGAGUGAUCACCGACGAGCCCAACAACCCAAGAUGGCUCGAGUCCUUCCGCAUCUACUGCGCUCACUUUGCCUCAAACAUCAUCUUCACCGUCAAAUCCGAGAACCCUGUGGGCGCGACGCUCAUCGGCAGAGCAUAUUUGCCGGCCGAAGACAUAAUAUACGGGGACGAGAUCGACUGCUGGCUCGACAUACUCGAUGAGAAACACAAUCCGGUCGAAGGAGAAGCCAGGAUUCACGUCAAGAUCAGCUAUCAAGAUGUGUCAAAAGACCCCGAAAAUUGGUCCAGGGGUAUUCCAAGCUCAAAUUAUCUUGGUGUUCCUCACACUUACUUCAAGCAAAGGCAAUCUUGUAGGGUAACAUUGUAUCAAGAUUCACACAUCGCCGACGAUUUCACCCCGGCGAUCAACUUAGCAAACGGGACGAUCUAUGAACCUCAUCGAUGUUGGGUCGACAUCUUCGACACCAUCAUCAACGCUCGACAUUUCAUUUACAUUGCUGGGUGGUCGGUUUACGCAAAGGUCACCUUAAUAAGGGAUCCGAGAAGUACAAGAAAUCAACAAACACUUGGGGAGCUACUCAAGAUGAAGGCUAACCAAGGUGUUCGGGUGCUUAUGCUUGUUUGGGACGACAGGACAUCGGUAUCCCUCGGUCCGUUGAAGAGAGACGGCUUGAUGGCGACCCAUGACGAGGACACAGCAGGGUACUUCCGGGGAUCCAAAGUGCACUGUGUCUUGUGCCCCCGAAACCCCGACAUGGGAGAGAGCUACGUUCAGAGUCUCGAGGUGGGGACAAUGUUCACUCAUCAUCAGAAGAUCGUGGUAGCCGACAGCAGCGACCGCAGCAGAAGCAUCAAGGGCUUUCGGUAUUCCACCAAGAGAGGGACGACCAACAUUGUGAGCUUUAUUGGUGGCAUUGAUCUCUGUGAUGGGAGGUAUGACACACAACGACAUUCCUUGUUCAGGACAUUGGGCACUGUACAUUACUCGGACUUCCACCAGCCGAACUUUCCAGGGGCAUCGAUCAGGAAAGGAGGACCGAGGGAGCCAUGGCAUGACAUACAUUGUCGAUUAGAAGGGCCUGUGGCUUGGGAUGUCCUGUAUAAUUUCGAGCAGAGAUGGAAAAAGCAAGGGACAGGCGAUAAUCUCCUCUUAAAGCUAAGUAUGCCAUCCGAUGAUGCAUCGUUAGAAACGUCGCUUCCCCAAGACGAGGCAUGGAAUGUGCAAUUGUUCAGAUCCAUCGACGGUGGAGCUGCUUAUGGAUUUCCCGAUACCCCUGAGGAAGCAAAAAUGAUGGGCCUGGUCAGCGGAAAGGAUAAUGUCAUCGACCGCAGCAUUCAGGACGCUUACAUAAACGCCAUUCGCCGGGCGAAGAACUUCAUCUACAUAGAGAACCAAUACUUCCUCGGGAGUUCCUACGAUUGGAAAUCUGAUGAUAUCAAAGUCGAGGAUAUCGGUGCGCUGCAUCUCAUCCCUAAGGAGCUUUCAUUGAAGAUUGUCAGCAAGAUCGAGGCGAGGGAGCGAUUCACAGUCUACAUCGUUAUCCCAAUGUGGCCGGAGGGCGUGCCUAAUAGCGAAUCCGUUCAGGCAAUCUUGGAUUGGCAGCGGAGGACUAUGGAGAUGAUGUAUACUGAUAUCGCUGUUGCACUCAAAGCUAAGGGGAUUCGAGGAGCGAAUCCUAAAGAUUACCUCACCUUCUUCUGCUUAGGCAAUCGGGAGACAAAGACGGUCGGAGAGUACAAGCCACCAGAGCAACCGGAGCCUGACACUGAUUACAGCAGAGCUCAAUGGUCGAGGCGAUUCAUGAUCUAUGUUCACGCCAAGAUGAUGAUAGUGGACGACGAGUAUAUCAUAAUUGGGUCAGCCAACAUCAACCAGAGGUCGAUGGACGGAGGCAGAGACACAGAGAUCGCAAUGGGAGCAUAUCAACCAUACUACCUUGCUGAGCGCAGACCGCCACGAGGGCAGAUCCAUGGUUUCCGGAUGUCUCUCUGGUACGAGCAUCUUCGGGUGGUCGACGAUGCUUUCCUCCGACCGGAGAGCCUGAGGUGCGUGCAGAAGGUCAAUGGCAUCGCUGAACGGUACUGGAAGCUCUACACUGGAGAUUUUGUUGAUAAUGAUCUCCCAGGGCAUCUACUUAGCUACCCUAUUAGUGUCGGCAAUGACGGACAGGUCACUACAUUGCCAGGAAUGGAGUUCUUCCCUGACACCAAGGCUAGGGUUCUUGGGAAAAAGUCUGAGCUUCCUCCAAUCCUCACUACUUGAUUGUAAAUAAGUGUGUUCAUGGCUUAGAUUAAUUGAUUUGUGUGUGGUUUGUGGAGAAUA